AAUCACAUACACAUGCAAGCACACACACACGCACAAAUAUGUUGUUUACGUUCAAAACAUUUUGACAUUUCAACCAGUUGCAAGUCGAAAGCCAGACAAAUAGUAAGACUCAUAUUAUUUGAAGCACAAUGGAGGUUGUCAACCCAUGCUAUGCAAUAUUAUCAAAUUUUGAGGUUAUGGAAUCGCUGAAAAACAUCAAAGACCAAAGAAGCAAAUUUGGAUUGAGAAACUUGGCCACCAUUACUUAUGAGACGAUCCAAUUCUUAGAGGAGUCACCAUGCAAAACGCUUACAAAAGAAAAAAUAAUGGGAUUUUUGAAUGCAGUGAAACCAUUCAAAUUGACAAAAGCCGAAUGUGUGAUGCUAGUCAACGAUCCGCCAUCAACACCACUACACAUUCAACUCCAAAUUGAAGACAGUGAAGAACGUCUCACCGAAGAAGCUGUAAAUCAAAUUAUUGAACAUUCCAGACAAUGGCUGCUGCCAGAAACAACAUGAAUCAUUUUAUACCAUUUAUUUUUAUAUAAGUAAAUAAAAAGAAAGAAAUUGAGUU